UCCCAAACUUCCGGUAAAUGGCGUUGUGUGUGUGCAUUUCUUUGUGUUGACUCUUUCUUGCAGGGCCAUAGAGUGUUAUUUCCCAUUAUUUUGUACAUACCCCCCAAAGGAGCGUCUCCACGGACAUUCUGACAGUAUCUUGCCUUGUAAUUUCCCUUACCCUAGACGCCAUCUUGGCUGGGACCAAGCCCAAGCAAACUCGCCCAAAAACGCUAUUUUUAGGUGUUAAGCCGCGUUCACUUUCCCGUGCCCCGCGCCAAAACCCCCAUUAAUAAGUUCGUGAUGCUUCCGCAGGCCUGAAUCUUGGAAGACGUAAGACCGCAACACUCCGCCAUGGAGUCGUUGAAUGCCAACCUCAUUGGCUCUUCGCUCAAUUACAAUGGGCAGCAGAUGCAAAAACUGUGGGAAGCCGAAUACGGAGAGAAUGACUUGCACCGGAGGAACGUCAAGGAUCUUAAUUACCAAGUGUACAGCGAGAGGCAGAAGUAUUUGUCUUUCCAGGACCGAGGCAAACGCCUCAAGCUCCAGCAGUUUGUGGUGAAGAAGGCCAACAUGCUGUUCUCGACAGAACCAGCGGAUUUUGAGUAUAAGCCCGAAGAGGGGCAGGUCGCGGAAGACAUGUAUGCCAUCAUGCCCCCGUUUGAGACUUAUCUGAAUGUCGAUAAGCAGAACCGACUCAAGUACUUUUUUAAGAAUGUGAAAGUGGGUGAUUUGAUUAUUGGGACUAUUGUCAGUAAGACGCAGUCAGGGAUGAUGUUGAAAGUAUUAUGUACUGCCGGACCUGGAGUUAAUAUUAUCUAUGCGGCGGAUAUUAACGUUAAAGCAUUUUGUCCGGUGGCAAACAUAAUACCGGCAGUUGAUAAGAAGGGCAUAACGCGCAGCUACAUGAUGAAUGACUCGGUGUGCUGCGAAGUAAUCGAAAAAAUUCCGGAUUCGGAUAAAAUGGUGUGUUGCAUGAAGGGCACACCAAGAAAACCGAACGAACCCGAACGUCGUCCGCCUCUCGGAUUAAUCAGUGCCGACGAUUUCCCUCUCGUCUACAAAAAAGCGUUGGAUCACAAGAACGAAAGCUAUGACUCUGUCUUAGAGAAAAGCAUUGGUUUCAACAAUCCGAAUAACAUUUCGUACCUGGCUGGAGUUUUGGGUAUUAAAGACCAUUGCACGGCCAUGAAGGGUCUAAAAGGGCGCUUCCCCGAAAACGAGUACGCAUCGGAGCUGCGUCAAGUGCAGGCAAGCAAAUGGGCAUAUCGUAACGUGGCCGACGGCAUCGACCAUUUCAAAGCCGGCAAACACGUCGAGGCAUUCCAGUGCCUGAACAAAGCCUUAAACAUCGACCCCAAAAACGUGGAAGGUCUGGUGGCGCGUGGCGCCCUCUACGCGAACAGCGGUAACUUCCAGAAAGCCAUAUCAGAUUUCGAGACCGCGCUCAAACUGAACCCGAAUCACGGUAACGCUCGUAAGUAUAUGGGCGAGACGCUGGUAGCGCUGGGACGGAGCUACGAAGAAGAAGAUAAGUUCGAGGAAGCCAGGAAGUCCUACCAGAGCUGUUUGAGUCUCAUACCCAAUCACGAGGAAGCGCAGAACUCGUUGAAGUUCCUGAAGAACAAGGCAACGACCACGAAGAACUUGAUCGAGCCGACGGAGUUGCUAUUGCCGAAUUUAUCAACGGCUAAUAAGACUUCGGACGUGAACGAUGCGCUGAAGCAGUUGCUUAAGAACGAAGACGAGGAGAAGAAAGAGAAGAAGAAGAAAAAGAAGAGCAAGAAACGCAAGAAUAGGAGGCAUUCGAGUUCGAGCUCGAGCAGUAGUUCGUCGGGGAGUAACGAGAGUUCGAGCAGUUCGAGUUCGAGCAGCAGCGAUUCGAGCUCGACCUCCGGCGAUAGCGAUUUCAAAAAGAGGAAGAAGCACAGAUCGAGGUCGCACAGGAGAGAGAAACAAAGCUCUUUGAGUCCUCUGAGUAAACGGAUGGCAAUGAUGGACCAAUCGCAGGACACUCCUAGCAAUUACACUUUCAAUAAGCCGGCUGCGAGUACUUCCAUGUUCGAUUUUAACCUAGAACAGCCGGCGGAGGCGCAAAAGUCGGCCGAUUUGAAUUAUGAGCAGAGGUUGAGGUUGUUCCUGCAAGAGACUAAAGGCGAUUCGGAUUAUGAGGAAAAGGUAAGGAAAUUUUUAGAGGAAAGUUCUAAAUGGAAGAAAGAGAAACGAGGCGACGAAAAGAAAAAGAAACGUAAGAAGGAUAGAAAGAAUAAGAAAGAUAGCAAAAAGAAGAAGAAGGAUAAAAAGUUGAAACGGAAAGGGUUCGACUUGAGCGAAUUUGAGGACCAUAAGAAGUUGAGAGAUGCGAUUAAAAAGGAGCUGAAUAAGGGCAAAAAGUCCAAGAAACAUAGUGUGCCGUCUGAUGAAGAUGAGUACUUUUUGCACAAGUCGGGAUACACUAAAAGAUUCAUUGACAGCCUACCAGAUUUGGAAGAGUUGGAAUCUAAAUUGAACGCAUAUUACGCAAUGGAGAAAGAAUCCAAGAGAAGUGAACUGAGCGAGAGCCCCAAGCGCGGCCUCCUCGACUCCCCGUCGCCCACUCGCGAGCAGAAGGCCCGCCAGGCCGUGGCCGAGGCCGCCGCCUCCGCCGGCAGCUCGUCCAAGUGGAAGAUGCAGAUCACCGGGCAACCGCCGCCGCCGAGUAGCGGUUCGCGUUUCAAGAAGAAACCCGAGCGCGAAGAGUGGAAGGAAGAGCAGCAGAUGAUCGACAAGCGGGCUAUGAUGAGCGGCAAGAACGGCAACUUCGAAGAGUCGCCGAGGAAAGGAGGGCAACCGCCCGUGCCGUCCCCCGAGAAGAACAUGAGCGUGCGCAAGGCGAUGGCGAUGAAAGAACCGCCACCGAAAAGACCCGAGUCGCCGAAGAAGCCAAAACUCCUGCCGCCAGUCAAGCCCAUGAUCAAUCCGCUGGUCAAUCCGGGACAGGUGGUGCUCGACAAGUUCGGCAAUUUCCGCUUGAUGACGCCGCCGGAAUUGAAGAAGGGAAGGGACGACAUGCCGCCGUUGCCACCAGGUCGGCGUCCGCCGGAGCCCCCGGGCCGCCCCCGCUCCGACAGUCGUUCGCCGAAGCGCCACAGCCGCUCCCGCUCCCACGGCAAAUACAGCCGGUCGCGCUCCUCGAGCGCGUCCCGUUCCCGUUCACGUAGCUAUCGAAGCCGUUCCCGCUCAUAUUACAGUCGUUCCAGGUCCCGCUCCGGCUCGUACUACUCUCGUAGCCGCUCCAGGUCCCGGAGUUACUCCGGCGACAGACGCCGCUAUCGGCGCGGCGGUUUCCGGGGCCGCUACAACGACCGAGGCACUUACUACAAGCCCCGCUUCCAGAACCCGCGCAACAGCAUCCGCGGCGGCAGAGGCGGCGGUGGCAGCGGAGGCGGCAGCUACUACAACCGGGACGCCAGGUAUAACGAUAGGGACUACCGAGGGCGAGGCAGGCCGUAUAAUAACUAUAACAACAGAGGGGGCCGACGGCCGAGAGGCAGGUACCAGAGAGGCGGGUACCGGGAGUACAGAGACCGAAGAGAGUACAGGAGUAGGUCGAGGGAUCGAAGUAGGUCUAUAAGCGGGAGCAGGGAGAGGGACUCUGACGAGGCGAUAAAGAAGCAGAGCGUGGAACAGAAGGAUAAAGUUAACAAGUACGCGGAAGGGGGAGAGGGAGAGGUUAGGCACGAAGGGCCGCUGAGCGAGGGGGAAGACAGGGACGAUUACACGAGUAACGAUAAGUUCGUGAACAGAGAGGCGUUCGGGGGGAAGUGGGCAGAUAAGGAGGAUGGGGGACAGGAGAACGCGGGAGAAGGAGAAGGUGGCAGCGGGAGCAAGGUGGAUAAGGCGAACAUUCCGUCGGAGAGUAAUAUCGAAGAGAUGGAUAAGUUCUUGAGUAAGGUGAAGAAGGACAAGAAAGAAGAGAUGCUGGAGAGGAAUAAGGAUUUGUUGAAGAAUAAAGCGUAAAUUUUUUGAUGUGUGUAAUAUAGGAUUUUAAUGUUUCUUAGAGCGGUUAUUUUUUUUUCUUUUCUAUUUUAUUUGCAAUAGAGUUUUGUUCAACUUUGAAUAUGUGUUUUCAUUGUAAUUACUGAAUUAAUUAAUUCAAUAAAGUAAGUGUAGGAAC